UCUCACCUUAAUUUCAUCCCACACCACACACACUCUUCCAAAAUGGUAACCCUCAAUAUCAAAAACAGCUUACUGACAAUCAUUCUGGCCGGAAUACUCGCCGGUGCCAUCCUACCGGAAAUCGUAGUGGGUCAGAACUGUGGUUGUGCAGCAGGCCUUUGCUGCAGCCAGUAUGGGUAUUGUGGCACUGGCAAUGCCUACUGUGGUGCAGGCUGCCAAUCAGGGCCUUGUACCGGUUCCAACGGUGCUUCGGUCUCUAAUAUUGUGACACAGUCCUUUUUCAAUGGGAUAAUCAAUCAAGCUUCUGCUGGAUGUGCAGGGAAAAGCUUCUUCACCAGGUCUGCAUUUCUUGAAGCCCUCGUUUCCUACCCUUCGUUUGGCACCACUGGAACUGCUGACGAUUCUAAGCGUGAAAUUGCUGCUUUCUUCGCACAUGCCACGCAUGAGACUGGAUGUAAGAUUUCAACUUCACUUUCCUCCAAUCCACACGUAAAUUGCUAAAAUCUGCACAAAUUU